AUGCAGGAGACUGAGGCACUGGAGGAGAAAGUUCCUGCUGUCCAGACACAAUUCUUUCCAUCUAGCCAGAACGAGAGCCAGGAGGAGAGCCGACGAAGGCUGAAAAGGCAACGGUACCAGGAGCUGCCAUUGGAAGGAGCUGUCUGCAUCUCUCAGUGCUGUACUGAGCAUGUCUCAGAGGAGCCUUAUGCUGGCAGCACAUUAUGCAAAAAGGCAGCUCGAGCAGCCGCGAGAGAGUCAGAGCAAGCCUUCGCUUCCCUUGCAUCACCACCGCUCGAAAACAACCCUGGAUUACUUGAGAGGGCCUGCCUGCCUGCCCAGGUGAAUGAAGCCAAGCACCAUGGCUUGAUUCCUGACGUUGCCCUACUGCUGAACACCAUGGGGAACCAAGAUGGGAAGCUGAAGAGGAAUGCAGGUGAUGUACACGAAGGCGGUGAGGAUGCUUCUGGGCCCAGGGAUGCUGAGGGCACAAAGAAAGGAGGGGGGAGCAAAAAGACCCUGGGCAGGCACGGGAAAGGGGGAGAAUCGAAGAAGAAGGGCAAGUCUGAAGCCAGGUCAUCUGUGUUUUCCAAUCUGCGCAUCAGGAAAAACCUCUCCAAGUCUAAAGAUGGAACCAGCAGCUCGAGAGAGGAUGUUUUAGAAAGCCAGGCCGGGCACACAGGAGAGCUAGACAGUGCUCACUCCAUUCUCACCAAAACUCCUGAUAUAAGCAUUUCUGCAGAUGAAGGGGGUCUCUCAGAUACCGAUGCAGAGCAUUUUGAAAAUACAAAUGAAACUCGCCCUGCAGCUGCCGAGCCGCAAGAUGGACAAAGAACCAGCUCCGGCUCAGAUACGGAUAUAUACAGUUUUCAUUCAGCCACCGAACAAGAGGAUUUGCUUUCUGAUAUUCAGCAGGCAAUUAGACUGCAACAGCAGCAGCAGCAGCAGGGGACAAUUAACAUUGGAACUGAGCAGCAGGGCACCAAAACAAUGGUCCUACACAUGGCUAAUUCUCAAGCAACCCCAUUAGAUUUUGAAAGGUUUCUUUCACUCGGCAGUGACAAAGACAGUAGCCCGGAUACCGAGCAGCCAGUCUCUGCUAAAUCAGAAGUCACAAAAUAUGCCCCAAGCUGUCAGGCUGAAGUGUCAGGAAAGGCAAAUGGAAUGGGGCACUCCUGCAGCAGUGUGUUUGAGAUGCAGGAAGCACCUGAGCAAUUGCCAGCAGAAGAGGAACAACCUGCUGAAGAAGGAGGAGACUUCUUCUCUACUCCCAAUGCUGCAAUUACAGAACAGGGGACUCUGCUGGGCAGUUCGGUCUUUAAUUUCCCACCCCCGGCUGGGGAGUCUGAGACCGAAAGAGUUGCUGUUGAAGGUACAGGUGGCGAAAGAGAGGCUGAGCUGGCAGAGGCAGGCGGGGAUCAGGUUGCCGUGGCCACAGACAGGAAGUGGAGUUUGUCUACUAGCAGAGAAGCCGUGGAGGAGGGCUUUUCUGUGGAAAUGAAAAAUGGGACUUGUUCCUCAGAGGAUGUCGCCAGCAGUCCGGUGCACCCUCCUAAAUGUUUUAAAUCAUACCCUUUCAUCAACCCCUGCUACGUCAAAACCACCACUAGGCAGCUGAGUUCUCCGAACCAUUCACCUGGCAUAUCCCCCUCUCAGAGCCCCCUCUUUAAAAGGAGACGGGAGCCCUCUCGAUUGAAAGAGAAGGCACCAAGCAAGAAACAGAGAUCUGCCAGUUUGGCAGGGGCAUUUAGCCGUUCUGCAGACUGGACUCAUGAGGUUUCAGAUCAGUCCAGUGAAAUAGCUCAAAAGUCAGGCUCUGCGGAUUUUUUGGAGCACAGGCAGACCAGAGAUGGUAUCCAGGGGGAAAGAGUGCCUUUGAAUCAUUUGAGAAAGUUUGCAGGAAUGUCACCUUCUACUGAUGCCUUCCCUAAUGUAUUUCGAGGGCGAACUCUGCUAGAAAAGCUCUCCAAUCAGCAGGAGAAUGCACCCCAAGAAGAAGCAGAGAAGCUUUGUUCUUGGAUCAUUGCAAUGGGUCUUUUGCUCCCCUUCAGUGACUGCUUCAGAGAGCCAAGUAGUCAGAAUGCACAACAAAGUGCACCUACGUUUGAU